CGAUGUAUACAUGCGUACAUACGAUACUUUGUGCAGAAAAUAUCUAUCUCAUAGGAUGUAGAAGCUUAUUGCGAAUAGUCGGAUGCAGCAUAUGUAAUUAUUUCCAUGCCCACUGGUGUUAAGACAUAGAGAUAUUUGUAAAACUCGCGUAGACGGUUGGAUCGGACUACUGCAUCUGUGCUAUUAAAUUUCAUUAUGGCAACAUGCAAGUAUUUUCUACAAGGCAAUUGUCGUUUCGGCCAAUAUUGUCGAUUCGCACAUACAGCAAGUACUAAUUACGGUGAUAAUUCGGCCCUGGCAAACAAGCCCAGUUACACAGGAAUAAAGACAUUAGCCUUUGCAGUUGCUGAGGAAGUCUUAUCUGUCGAACGAGGUGGACAAUGGCCGUUAUCUUGUUUUGGUCCGUUCAAAGAACGACCAUGUAUACCAGGCAUGGAAGACUUUUCACCUGAUGAAUUUCAUUGGGAAAUGUAUCAGGCGCAAAAAAAUGGCACCGUUGAUCAAACUAAACUUCAAUUCCAACAAUUGUGUCAAGAUAUGAAAACUAAACGUGACCUAUUGAAAAAUCCUACGCAAGAAAUUGUAGCUAUGCUGGAAGCUCUUCAAAAAGGUGGGCAAGAUAAUGCUUUCAAUACAAAUAAUUCCUCGACGAAGCAAUCAAACUUCUCAUUUGCAACGCCUCAAUUAGCAAUACCUAGUACUAGUGCACCUGCAUCUAACUUGUUCACUUCAAAGACAUUUAAUGCCAUCAACACUUCAAAUCCCUUCGGAGGAGCGACAUCAACGUUCGGUGCUACAGGACCAACAGUUUUCGCCUUUAACAGUCCAACAAACAGUAGCAUGAAUUCAACUUUUGGUGCAAAACCAAGUUUUGGUGCCAAUCCUGUUUUUGGAGGUACUGGAAAUCCUGCACCGCCAUUCGGUGCUGCUGUCAACAAUCAAAGUUCAGUAUUUGCUGGUGCAAAUCAAAAUGCUUCAUCUUUCGGGACUACUGCUGCUCAGAAUCCGCCCGCUUUCAAUGCUCAGCCUGUAUUUGGUCAAUCUAGUGCAUUUAGUACUUCAACUUCAGAAAACACCCCUUUUGGAAGACUGCAAUCGACUCAAUCAAAUACAAUAUUUGGUGGAACCACAACAUUGACCAAUUCCGUAUUUGGUGGAACAGCAUCAACAGCAGCACCUUCCUCAAUUUUUGCUAGUACGCAAUCUGCUGCAAUGCCAUUGUUUGGUGGGGCGUCCCAACAAACUUCAAGUUCUAUUUUCGGUGGAUCAUCGGCAACUGGGAACAGCUCACUGGGAUCUGCGCAGACUUCUCUAUUCGGGCAACCAAAGACUGGCACAAUUUUUGGUGGAGGUCCAGUAUUUGGUGGGGCUCCAACCUUUGGUGCCCAAUCAACCCCGGGAAUAUUUGGUGGACAAUCAACCUUUGGGAGUGUUUCUACAUCUUCAAGUAAUGUUUUUGGUGGGACAACUGCUACCACACCAACGUUUGGAUCCAUUGGUCAAACUGCUCCUACAUCAUUUAGCUCUGUGGUCAAAUCUCCAACAACCAAUUUCAGCAAUAAUCAAAAUCCGCCCCCAUUUGGGUCACCAGUAUCUACAUCCAGUGCAAGCCCAUUUGAUUCUACAGUAUCCACAGGUAGCACACCAUUCGUUAAAUCUACAGGGCCGUUUAGCACUGCUACAGUUGCGUUUGGGACUGCUUAUGCAGCCGAUGUUUCACCAUUCGGCCAAGCAUCACCAUUCGGAGGUGUGCCAAAUUCUUCGCCAUUUUCUACUACCAAUACUAUCGUUUCUACGGCAGCCAGUCCAUUCGCAACUCAGUCACAGCUAACUAGCAAUUCACCUUUCGCUGGAUCUAAUUUGACUAGUCAGGGAUCCGUCCUCACGUCUUCGCAAACUACAUUGUUUGCUAAUUCACCAUUUGCAUCUGUGCAGAAAGAGAUUGAGAGUAUUGAUGAAAGUUCUUAUACAAUUGAAGGACAUCUAACAGAUGAUGAAAAAGCCAUGUACCUAGCUAAACAGUUUACAUUAGGCAGGAUUCCAUUGAAACCACCUACCAAAGAACUACGUUGAUUCAUCAACUGUAAUCAAAAUAUUACUUGCAUACAUUACAGUUGCGAACUACUGGUUAAAACAAUGGUUUGUGAUGUUUAAAUCAAGCGAAGCUUCAUAAUGCGUGGAAUUAAAGUCUUUUCUGGAUUUUUUACAUGGCAUUUAAUAUGCAUUACUAAUUAAACACGAUAUUAGCUCUACAUAUCCUUUGGGUUCGAAGUUAUUUCAACGUUUAUAUUUCUCAAACCAUGAAUAUAUGUGUCGAUGCAAUGACGUGUUUGAAGUGUAUUAGUAGUACAUUGCUCUCUAAAAUCUCAUGAUCAAGGUCCAGCCCACAUUUAUUGUUAUCAGUGAAACGAAAUUGACUUUAAAGCGAUAUUUUUAAGUAUUGAACUUUGAUACAAUGGAAAAUAAAAAGAUAUAUUUAUUAAA